AUGAGGAAGUUGUUGAUAGACACCGAUUGCGGAGUGGAUGACGCGACAGCGAUUCUCCUCACUAUAAUGUCAAAGAAGGUUGAUUUAGUUGCGAUCACUUGUGUUGUUGGGAACACGACAUUAGACCAUGUUGUUAACAACGUCGGGAGAGUCUUAGAAACCGUAGGAAGAACAGACAUUCCGUUUUACGCGGGAGCUCAAACCAAUUUGCUUCACGUUCAUAUGGAGAGGUGGCUGGGACAUGGGGCUGACGGGUUUGGGAAUGCACAAGUCGCCGACGCACAAGUCAAGCCACGAAGUACUCGGCAUGCUGCGCUGGAGAUCAUUGAUAUAGUGAAUAAGUAUGGGAAAGACUUAGACAUCAUCACCAUAGGCCCGUUAACUAAUAUUGCAAUAGCACUAACAUUAGACCCCAAGUUACUGGACAAAAUUGGACACUUCCAAAUGAUGAUUGGGUCUGAGACAGGACGAGGGAAUAUAGUACCAAUGGGUGAAUUUAACUGUGCGUAUGAUGCUGAUGCUGCGAAGUUAGUGUUUUCUCUUGCAAAGAAUGCGACGAUUAGCUCGUGGGAUUUGACACUGAAGCAUCUCGUCGACUGGAAAGUCUUUGAUCGUGUGAGAAAGGCAAACAAAUGCGGCGAAUUGAUUGGGAAAGUCUAUCAAUUGACGGAAGACCGGUUCAGAACGACGGGGUUUUGUGAUCGUAAGGAAUAUAUAGGGUGGAACAUCCCCGAUCCCCUCUGUUUGAUGUGUUAUUUGUUCCCUGAAAUAGUCAAGAAGACUAUAACAGUCCAGACUGGUGUUUGUGUAGAUGGGAUGGGUCGAGGUGCGACUGUAGUUGAUUGGUUUGGGAAUUAUCAUAUAGGGAAUGAGCAGAUAUGGAUCACUGAGAUCGAUCACAAGAAGCUUGAGGAGUUGCUUGUGAAGGUAGUGGAAGACAAUCAAUGA